AUGUCACCAUAUCGGUUGGUGUUUGGGAAGGCUUGUCAUCUACCGGUGGAGCUAGAACACAAGGCGUAUUGGGCAAUGAAAACUUUGAACAUGGAUUUAAAGGCUGCUGGUCAGAAAAGAUUACUGCAGUUGGAUGAGUUGGAAGAAUUCCGGAAUGAGGCUUAUGAGAACGCUAAGAUCUAUAAGGAGAGAACUAAAAGGUGGCAUGACCGAAAUUUAGUUAGGAAGGAGUUUCAACCUGGGCAACAAGUUCUACUUUUCAAUUCAAGGCUGAAGUUGUUUCCUGGUAAAUUGAAGUCAAGGUGGUCGGGCCAUUUACAGUGGUCAAAGUGUUUCCUUAUGGAGCGGUGGAACUGA